UCCCCUCUCCGUCUCUUCCGGGCGCGCACUAGGCAGCUGGCUGCGUUACAGCUCCUCCCUCCAAUGUGUGGCUUUCCUCAUCAAAGAUCCUUGGACGUGAACAGUUUCGCUGAAGAGCACUUUCCCCUCUGAAAUCAGCAGACCGACAACCCCGCGCGUCAGUUAUUCUUUGCCGACCCGAGAGAGAGGAGUUAAGGUGUUGGAUAAGGACUCCUGAGCUCCAUCCUCCCCCAAAUUUCUGUCAGCGAUGGAGACUUGGACGGGCUUCUGCCCGAGCUUGCACUUUGCUCUGGGUGUCUGGCUAAUGAUAACUGCUCACUCCUUCCAAAAUACGAAGGCGGAGAUAGGUUACGCAUCUCGCCGGUCCCUAGUUCAACUUCACACCGGUGAAUUACGCGCUAAACCAACAGAUGGACUGAGCGCUGUUAAAAACAUCCAAGUGGAGUUUAGGGAACUCGGGAUUGCUCGACAAAAUGCUGGAAAGGACAAAGACCGAGAAAAUGCACCUGACUUGAGGAAAAACACACGAAGGUCCAUUGCACAAAGUCACAGCGGCGGAUCAAACCAAAAAGGGGAUUUUGGUGAUGGCGUUGCGCUGCUGAGGGUGAAGAGAAACAACCCCGAGUUUGCGGAGCUGCGCAAGAGUGGGUUGACGGGGCAAGCUGACCUGAAUCACGGUACCUCGGAAGAACGGGGCUCGUUGCUGGACGGGCUCAGGUCUUCUGGACCGAGUCGAGCGGAGUUAAGAAAGAACAGGGACGACGGCAGAGGAAAUAAACAGCAGGAUGAGCCGAAGAUCACCAGCGGCACUUUCGCCCUGACUGGGGACUCGGCACAUAACCACGCUGUCGUCUACUGGUCAGGACAAAACAGCAGCGUUAUCCUGAUACUAACCAAGCUGUACGACUUUCAUAUAGGCAGUGUCACUGAGAGCACCCUUUGGAGAUCUUCUGACUCAGGCUCCACAUAUGAGAAAAUGAAUGACAAAGUUGGAUCCAAGACUGUUCUGAGUUACCUUUAUGUCUGUCCAACCAACAAGAGAAAGAUUAUGGUGUUGACUGAUCCUGAGUUUGAGAGCAGUGUGCUAAUCAGCUCUGAUGAAGGAGCCAGCUACCAGAAGUACCGCCUCACUUUCUACAUUCUAAGCCUAUUAUUCCACCACACUGAGGAGGACUGGGCCUUAGCUUACAGUCACGAUCAGAAGCUGUACAGCUCAUUAGACUUUGGAAGGAAAUGGCAGCUUGUCCACGAACAUGUUACCCCUACGAGAUUCUAUUGGUCUGUGUCAGGCCUAGAUAAGGAGUCAGAUCUUGUCCACAUGGAGGCCCACACGCCAGAUGGAAGUGUGCAGUAUGUCACGUGCAGAGCACAGAUGUGCACAGAAGCCAAGAGGAACUACCCCUUCGCUGGAAACAUUGACAUCAGUUCAUUGGUGGUUCAGGAUGACUACAUAUUCAUCCAGGUACCGACUACGGGAAGAGCCACUUAUUAUGUUUCCUACAAGAGAGACGUUUUCAUCCAAAUUAAACUUCCAAAAUAUUCCUUGCCCAAGGAUUUACACAUUGUCAGCACAGAUGAAAAGCAGGUAUUUGCCGCAGUCCAAGAGUGGAACCAGAAUGACACCUAUAACCUCUACCUGUCUGACACGAGAGGCAUCUACUUCACCUUGGCCAUGGAAAACGUCAAAACCACUAAAGGCAUAGGAGGGAACCAGAUGCUGGAUUUGUAUGAGGUUGCAGGCAUUCGAGGCAUGUUGAUUGCGAACAAAAGGCAAGACAACCAAGUAAAGACCUUCAUCACCUACAACAAAGGCAGAGAUUGGAGGCUCCUGCAAGCCCCGGCAACCGACCUGGAUGGAAAUCAAAUUCACUGCAUACUGCCUUUUUGUUCCCUUCAUCUUCAACUACAAACUUCAGAGAACCCCUACCUGUCCGGGGCAAUCUCCACGAAGAGCUCUGCACCAGGGAUUAUUGUUGCCACAGGGAAUAUUGGAGCUGAGCUGUCCUACAACAAUGUUGGCAUGUAUAUAUCAUCUGAUGCCGGAAAUAGCUGGAGACAGAUUUUUGAAGAGGAGCACAAUAUUUGGUUUCUGGACAAAGGAGGGGCCCUUGUUGCCGUAAAACAACCUUCUGUACCAACCAGACACUUAUGGGUCAGCUUUGACGAAGGGAGGCAAUGGACCCAACACAGCUUUUCCUCUGUGCCUCUGUUCGUGGACGGCGUUUUGGUAGAAGCUGGGGCAGAGAACCAGAUUAUGACAUUUUUUGGGCACUUCAGCCACCGCUCGGAAUGGCAGCUCAUCAAGAUAGACUACAAGUCGAUCUUCAGUAGGAAAUGUACUGAGGAAGAUUACCAAACAUGGCAUUUGCACAAUCAGGGUGAGCCAUGUAUUAUGGGACAAAAACAGAUUUACAUGAAACGUCGUCCAGGAAACUACUGCAUGCUCGGCAAAGACUACUCAAGAAUCCUCUCUGCUGAGUCUUGUAUUUGCCGAGCGCAUGAUUUUGAAUGUGACUAUGGAUAUGAGCGCCGCGGCAAUGGGAACUGCAGGCCUUCCUUUUGGUUUAAUCCCUCCUCAACCUCCAAAAGCUGCAGUCUUGGUCAGAACUAUCUCAACAGCACAGGGUACCGUAAAGUGGUGUUAAAUAACUGCACCAAGGGAGUAAAAGAAAUGUACACAGCUCGAAAGCAACAGUGCCCCAGGAAACCUCCAAAGGGACUUUCGCUGACUACCAAAGAUGGUAAACUGGCUGCCAACCUGGAGACUAAUGUUACCUUCCUGGUUCAUUUAGACGAGGGUGAUUCUAUCCGGACUAACAUUCAACUUGAUUUUGGCGAUGGCAUAGCUGUGUCAUAUUCGAACCUCAGCUGGGCUGAAGAGGGCAUCAAACACGUCUACAAGUCUGCAGGGAUAUUUAGUGUCACAGCUCUGGCAGAAAACUCGCUGGGUUACGACACAACAACACUCUAUCUGCAUGUCACAUGUCCUGUGGAGCAUAUCCAGCUUCUCUCUCCCUUUGUCGUCAUAAGAAACAAGGAAGUUAACAUCUCAGCAGUUGUCCUGCCCACUCACCCACGCACAGUUACCUAUUUCUGGUGGCUUGGUAACAACACAGAGCCAAUGGUCACAUUGGAUGGCAGUGUCUCAUACACAUUUCCCAAUGAGGGAAUGUAUUCUCUCACAGUUCAAGUAGCUGCAGCCAACCUCAUAUUCCAGGAUACCAAAACCAUAGCGGUUAGAGACUUCUUCAAAUCUCUUCUUUUGUCAUUCUCGCCAAAUCUGGAUGAGUUCAACCCUGAUUUAUCCGAGUGGAGGCAGGAUGUGGGGAGAGUAGUUAAGAAGGCUGUUCUCCAAGUGGCCGAGUUCCCAGAAGAACAGCUUUUGGUCGCUGUGUUCCCCGGAGUUCCAACUGCCGCUGAGCUUUUCCUCUUACCACACAAGAACCAGUCACAUGACAAGAAAAAGAGUGAGGAGGAACUUGACCAAAUUUCGAACAUCAUUGUCAGUGCACUGAACCAGAAUCUGGUGGAGUUUGAGCUGAAGCCUGGCGUGAGGGUGAUCGUAUAUAACACACAGCUAACAUUGGCACCCUUGGUGGACUCCAACCCUCGACAUAGGAGCUCUGCUAUGCUCAUGCUCUUAUCAGUGGUUUUCCUUGGCCUUGCCGUGUUUCUCAUCUACAAAUUCAAGAGAAAAAUACCUUGGCUAAACAUAUACGCAGAGGUGAACCAGGAGAAGGAGCAAGAGAUGAUUAGCUCUGUGGGCCAAGGUGACAACAUGCCAAAAAUAACACUGAAUGAGUUCUCCUCAUCCAAAGAACUCAUGGAGAAACAACUGGAUUCAAGAGUCAAAAGGGGAGUCGCAAAUGCCCGCGAGAGCACAAGGGAGAUUCCAAACUGUACUAGUGUGUAGAGUGUGUCCUUUACAGCAAACAAGCGUCAAGUGGUGUCUCUUUCAGUUUUGUAAUUUCUCGACACAACUGCUGUGAAUAGUUUUCUAAGAGACCUCAUUUUUACAGCCGCGCAUGGAAGUCACGUUCAACAUCCACGCAACAAAUCAAUGUAUUCAGUGAAAUGAGUUUAUUGUCUGAAGACCAAACAUCGAAUCAGUUUUGUGCCUGUGUCAGCUUGGUAACACGUUUGUAAAGUUGGCUAAAUACUUUGCUUCGGAAAUGAUCUCUUGCUUAUGUAUGAACCACAAUGUCUAAAUAUUUAACUAAACAGAGUAUUACUAAUGCAUACACGAUCAACUGUCUUGUAUUUACCAUGUAGCUUUUUAAAGGCCCAUAGUGUGUCAUAGCAAACGAUCAGACAAAUGGUGUGCUUUUGAAAGUCUGUGAAAAAUUAAAAUGCCAGCUUUGUUUUAAUAAGGUCAUUGACCAGUGCCUGUUGCAAAUGAUUACAUCUAUGUAAAUAUAAUUAAUGACUGUAAAUAGUUGUUUUUCAGUCAAUCAACACCCGCCUCCCAAAAAAAAACAUAAAAAAAAAAAAACCCACAUUGACUUAGUUUGAGAGUAUUGCUCUUCUUGACAAAUCUUGAGAGAAAUGUAUAUCUCUUUCUACACAUUUUCAUACCCUGAAUUUUCUGGGAAUUAAAUGUACAUUUGCAAAAUUGCCAUGUUCAACGUUAAUACUUUCAUUUUGUAUUGUGUAUAAAAUGUAUACUGAGAUAAAUAUG